CGUGGACUCCGCGGCCCAGCCGGAGCUCCAGGCCGCGGCCCCGACGGGCCCUCCGCGCCCGCCCAAGCCGCGCGGCGCCGCGGCCCAGGGAGGCUCGGCGGGGGGCCAGCGGCGGGCCACGCUGCCACACUGCUUCCCAGAGCUGGAGAGGAGGGACGGAUGUUUGGAGGGAGGAGGUCUGCCGAGGAGCAACACCGUCACCUCGCCGGGUGGCGACGCCGUUUACGCCCCUCGGUCUCUGUCCCACAGAGCGAGCAUGUUUGACUUCAGCGAGCGCUUCAACAGUUACUUCUUGAAUAAAGGCCUGGUGCCUCUGGGUAGCGUUUGCUCUGAGGACGACGACGUGGACGAGAACUACGUUCCCAUGAGCGCCGCCGCCACCGAGCCUCCUGUCGCCCCGAGUUCCAGGGUGCCUCCACCUCCUCCCUCGGACCCCUGCGUCCACCUCCGGGAGGCCAACUACGUCCCCAUGACCCCCCUCGCCCCUCCCCCCCCCGCUCACCCGACCCCGGCGACGGGCGACCCGCCCUCCCUCGGGAAACGGGUGCCACCUCCUGCCCACGCGGGUUUUCGCAGCCACCCCCUGACUCCCGCCGCCCCCCUCACCCCGCCGCCGCUCCGGAGGGCCGCCGCGGAGUCUCCCGGGGGAGGGGGAGGGGAGGCGACGCCCCCCCCCAUCCACCGCGACCUGAAACCGCAACGCAGAGGGAAACCGGCUCCUCUGGACAUCAGUCCAAUGCAGCAGGAGUGGCAGGAAGUCCCGCCCCCUGUCCGCUCGCCUGUCACUCGAACCUUCACGAGAGACCCGUCCAGCUGCCGGCCCGUCAGGCCGACCUCCGCUCACAGCUCGUCCCCGUCCUCCGACUCCGAUGACGCCGACGACAGCUGCGUCGCCAUGACGACGACGACGACCUCCACCCUCAGCUUCAGCGCCGGCGAGUUGUCUCUGAGGCUCCUGCUGCACCGGGCCUCAGAAGGUGGAGUCAGCAGCCCGAUGCUCCGGCGCGCCAUCGGCGACAAACAGGUGGAGUACCUGGACCUGGACCUGGACCUCCACACCGGGCGAUCGACGGCAACCAGACAGAAACGCCGCACGGCCGAAGGCGGCGGCGGCGGAGGAGGCGGCGAGCCGGCGGCGGCGGGCGAGGAGCGCGCGCGCGUGGACUACGUGGUGGUGGACCCCAGGAGAACCAAGGCCCUGAGGAGCACCAGAGAAGCGUGGCACGAUGGGAGGAUGUCCACGGAGAAAGAGAAAUGCCCGAGCUAACUGCCGCCGACUCCACGGGUCCUGCUGAAGUCAGCGACCUCCCCUCCAGGGUCACGAGGCCGACGGCCGACGUCAUCAACUUCUAAACGACCAUCACUUGGCUUUUCAUAUCAUUUUGUGCGUAAACUCCCAGACGCGUGUCCGGGAACGAGCUCACUAAAUUCCGUAGGAUUCGUCUUCUGGGGACCACGAGUGCAAAAUGUCCUCAAUUACCUGUUUCAGGUGUCGUUGAAGACGUGGUCUGCUGGUGACUUCUGGGAAACACGCUGUGCGGCGUGUGUCUGCUGCGCUGGUCCUCUUUAAACACGUGACUGCUUAACACGAAUCC